UUCUUCCUUGCUGGAUUGAGGUACAUACUACACCGCUCUACGUGUCUAUUUCUAUAAAAGAAUACAAGAUGCCGACCUAUAAAUUGUAUUACUUCCACUUCACAGCUCUGGGUGAGCCAAUCAGAUUCCUCUUCAACUAUGGUGGAGUUGAAUUUGAGGACUACCGUUGUGAGUUAACGGACGAGUGGCCCGCACUUAAGUCAGAGAUGCCUUUUGGCCAGCUUCCAGUCUUGGAAAUUGAUGGAAAGAAAUAUCCCCAGGCUAUGGCCAUCUGCCGUUAUUUGGCCAAACAAUUUGGUGUUCUUGGAAAGGAUGAUUUAGAGGCCCUUGAAGUGGAUUCCACUGUUGAUACCAUUAAUGAUUUCCGUGCAAAGUUGGCGGCUUCCUACUAUGAAACCAAUGAAGACGUCAAAGCCGAGAAACGCAAAAUCGCCGAAGAGCUGGUGCCAUACUAUUUGGAACGUCUGGACGCCCAAGUGAAGAAUAACGGUGGCUACUUCGUUGGUGGGGCCUUGACCUGGGCUGACCUGACUUUCGUUGCUCUUCUUGAUUAUUUCAAGUUCGCGUGGGGCUCUGAUAUCACCGAGAAGUACGAGAACUUGAAGCAGCUGAAAGAGAAAGUCCAAAACUUGCCCGCAAUCAAGAGCUGGAUCGAGAAACGUCCGAAGACAGAGUGUUAAAUCUUCACUGGAUAAAUAACGUACUGUCCUACGCUUAGCGUAUCGAGUUCCUGUUCGAAAUACACCGUGGAGGAUGCUGAAGAGUCUGGUAACGCGGAAAUAACGGCUGCAUAAAAUACGAAUCGCUUUCAAGUAUAGCCGUUCCAUGUGUUGGCUACGAUUAUGUUAUUUGAUCUAUUCGAAUACUUCGAUCUUAUCACUAAAAUAUAUCAUUGAUGAUUAUUGUAGUAUUAUUUGUAUACUUAUAAAGAGAUCCGGAGAUAUAGACCGAUAACAUAGUAUUGU